AUGGCGCCCACGCUCACCGGCCGCGCGAGGCCGACUAAACCGAAGAAGCAGCUGGGUACGCAGAAACGGAAGCGUGACCAUGGCGACAUCGAGGCGCUGGAGCAGAAAGUGGCAGAAUUGGACCCCAAAACCAGCACCUCCAAAGACUUCAAAGAACUGCCGCUCUCCGACUUCACACGCGCCGGCCUCAAAGCCGCCCACUUCUCCGUCAUGACCGACAUCCAAGCCAAAUCGAUUCCGUAUAUCCUCAAAGGCAAAGACCUGCUAGGCGCCGCGAAGACAGGCCAGGGCAAAACGCUCGCUUUCCUGGUUCCGCUGCUUGAAAACCUAUAUCGUGCCCAAUGUGUUGGUGUAGACGCUGGGCUGGCCGGGAUAAUCCUCUCGCCCACUCGAGAGCUCGCAACACAAAUUUUCGACGUUCUGCGAAGGAUCGGGUCCAAGGGCCACAUGUUUGCCGCCGGUCUAGUAAUCGGAGGCAAGAGCCUUGCGGAAGAACAAGCCGCGCUCGCACGGAUGAACAUCGUGGUCGCGACGCCGGGUCGCUUGCUGCAACAUUUGUCGCAAACCGCGGGGUUCGAUGUCGAUAACCUAAGGAUGCUGGUGCUGGACGAGGCCGACCGGAUCCUUGAUAUGGGCUUCCAGCGAGACGUGGAUGCUAUCGUGGAAUACCUCCCGAAAGAGCGACAAACACUGCUAUUCUCGGCUACGCAAUCACGGCGGGUACAGGACCUGGCACGAUUGAGUCUGAAGGACCCGGAAUAUGUUUCUGUGGAUGAAGGAGCGGCUGCUGCUACUCCGAAGUCGCUUCAACAGAACUACGUUAUUACGCCGCUUCAUGAGAAGAUUGAUACUCUUUGGAGUUUUAUUCAGGCGAGUAAGAAGCAGAAGAUUUUAGUGUUUCUCUCCUCUGCGAAACAAGUUCGGUUUGUGUAUGACUCGUUUCGACAUAUGCAGCCCGGAAUUCCUCUCCUUCAUCUUCAUGGCUCUCAAAAACAGACAGUCAGGCUAGAAAUCACACAGAAGUUCUCCGCAUCCAAGAACUCGUGCCUCUUUGCUACCGACGUCGCCGCCCGUGGCCUUGACUUCCCAGCUGUGGACUGGGUGGUCCAAGUAGAUUGUCCUGAGGAUGUCGAUACGUAUAUCCAUCGCGUAGGAAGGACCGCAAGAUACGAACGCGACGGCAAGGCUGUCCUCUUUCUCGCGCCAAGCGAGGAGGAAGCAAUGCUAGAGCGUCUAAUGCAAAAGAAAGUUCCAAUCGAGCGCAUCAACAUCCGCCAAAAGAAACUGCAAUCAUUAAAAAAUCAACUGCAAAACAUGUGCUUCAAAGACCCUCAGCUAAAAUACCUCGGCCAAAAAGCCUUUGUUUCAUAUGUCCGAAGCCUUUACCUCCAACACGACAAAGCCGUUUUCAAACUCUCCGAGUACGAUCUUGAAGAGUUUGCGGCUAGCCUGGGAUUGCCAGGCGCGCCUCACAUCAAGUUCAUGAAGGGCGAGAAUGUCAAGGACCGGAAGAACGCCCCACGUUAUGUGCUCUCAGACUCUGAAGACGAAGAAGAGGUGGACGGUGUAGCGAAGAAACUACCGAAGAGCAAGGAUGGCGUACGGACGAAGCAUGACCGCAUGUUUGAGAGAACCAACCAGGACGUCUUCACGGACCACUACACGAAACUCAUCAGAACUGAGGACGACGGGAAGAAGCCCGAGUCGCAAGCUGACACUGCCGCCAACGAUGACGAUGACUUCCUCUCCGUCAAACGCCGCAUCCCUGUUGACGAAGACCUCUCUGAGCUGGAUGAUGAUAGCGAUGACGACACUGGGUCGAAGCACAAAGUCGUUGACCUCCCUGGCGCCGUCACGCCGCUGAUAUUAGACAGCAAGCGCCGGGAGAAGCUGCUCAAGUCGAAGAAGAAGAUGCUGAAGCUAAAGAACCGGGGUUCAAAGAUCCUAUUCGACGACGAAGGCAACGCCCACGAGGUCUACGAACUCGAAGACGAAGACGCCUUCAAGGCGAAGGGCGAGGCAGAGGAGCAGAGACAGCGCUUCUUGGCAACAGAAAGAGAGCGCGUGCUCAAGGAAGACGUUGGCGAUAAAGAAGUCGAGCGUGCACGCAAAAAGGCAAAGAAGGAAAAGAAGAAGAGGAGGGCGGCUGAGGCCGAGGCUGAGGAAGUUGAUGAGAGCGACGGCGGCGUUGAGCUCGACGGUGCGGCCAACGAGGAUGCGUUCAAGGCGUUCUUGGAUGUUACCCAGGAUGUGUACGAUGCUGGUGCGGAGAAAGACGCGAGUCCGCCUCCGACGAAGAGGCCGAAGAAGUGGUUUGAGGACGCGAGCGAUGAGGAGGCGGGUGAGCGGACGCGGAAGAGAGGGAAGAAGGGUAAGGGGAGGGCUGUGGAGCAGCCGCAGACGUUGGAGGACUUGGAGGCGAUGGCGUCGGGCUUGCUUGGGUAG